AUGUUCUACAGCCAUGAAAUUCUCACCUCGCCGGAGCAUGGUGUCGCGACAAUAUGGCUAGUCGCAACUCUGGGAUCCCGCUCCGUUGCUAGGAGACUGAACCGGAAAGCCAUCCAGGACGUAGAUGUCCCCAAUGCAUGCCGAGUUAUCAUCAAUCCCGAUGCACCCAUGGCCCUUCGAUUGCAGGGGAGCUUGCUGUACGGUGUCUCUCGAGUGUAUAAUCAACAGUGUGGGUACACGCUUCUCGACACACAGGCGAUGCAUGACAAGAUGGUCUCCAAGUUGAAGAUCAUCCCCGGGGAGCCCAGCAACCUGGUCCUACCUUAUGACCUAUCUUUCCUGCCCGAGACAGCUCUCCCAGGUCUUGAGAUUGACUUGUCCUACUUCACUGCCACUACGGACGAUAGUUCGAGCCAACUCCGUGGUCUCUGGAGCAAGUCGCCCAGUAAUAGCUUGUCUGACACUUCGCAACUUUCAAGCCUGCACCUUGAUCUCCCAUCGGAUGAUAUCCUGGGAGAGGGUAAUAUCCUAGGGAUUGAUGCGAUCAAUAUGUCUGCGCAGAAGAAAGAUACUUUCGGCAACAUGACGGGGCUAGGGUUAGGCAAUGAAGAAGGCGUACUUCUUCAACCCGACUUCGAAUUUGACGAGGAUGGCAAUAUCAUCGAACUCGGUGCAAGAGAGAAGUCCCCUCAUGCAAGGAAGUCCACCGUUGGUCCGAGGGAAAGCGAAGGACCGAUAAACGACCAACUACGCCAGCUCGAUGAAGACUCGAUGCAAAUUGACAACGAAGUUAGAGUAGCUGAGACCAACGACAUGGUGGAGCUCGAUACCCAGACCGCAGGUCCCACAAUUCUCCAGACGAAUGAAGGCUUGGAUGGGGUUGAGGAAACAAUUGAAAUCGAAGCAAUGAGGACCCGCCGGGUCAGGCAUCCGAAGGAAAUCAUCUCGGACGAUACCACGGCGCUUCGAAACAUGACGCUGGCCCAAUGGAACAAUGAAUACGUUACGAACAUGAUCCAAGCACUGAAGCAAAAGCAGCAAAAUAAGAUCCCAACCAUUUCCAAGAAGAACGCCGCUUUCUGGGUUUUCGGUCAGGGAAUCGGCUCGGUUGGAGUCGGGCUGGGAAUGGACCGUGAACCUCAUCCGCUCAAGCUAUACUCAGGCGACGAUCUGUUUGAAGCUGUUGGUGGAUACCCUCAGCGAAAAGGGCGAAAGCGCAACGCAAAUGAUGAUGAAAUAUCAGAGGGACGUCGUGUACGCGCGAGAGACGAACAAGCAGAGCAUCUCAGCCGUGAGAACAUCGACCGCCUCAACAUGGAAGUUGAAGUCGGCCGUGAUGCCCCUUCGAGUCUGAUUGAUGACCACUCGUCCCAGAUGCCGUGGAACAUCACCGCUUCUAUUCAAAGCUCUCGGCAAAGACAUCGAUUCGGCAGUGUCAGCGAGCAGUCUUCUCAAGGACGUAAGCCCCGAAGCCGUCUCACCAGCGCCAGUCCGCUUGCCGGGCGCAGCUAUCUCGGGGGACAAGACCGACUUAGCCUCGAGCUCCUGGGUGACUUCGGAGACGACCUAGAUCUUACCCGUUAUCUCGAAGGCGAGCUUGCGACAGACCGCGAGAAUAUCAGCACACUCUCGCCAAGCAAGCACUCUGCUCUCGAACGUGCCAAGUCAACUCUUGAUCGGGAAAGCUUGAAUUUCAUAGAGUUCAUGAAGACCAAUAUGGGUACCGCUAACGAUGGCAACGCAGGAAACGCACAAAGCCCGAAUACCAACAUGUCCAGCCCGGUCGCGCCUAGACCCGGUCAGACCACAUUCGCAAGUCUUCUUCCCUCUGGGAGCACGACGCGAGCUGUCGCAACUCAGGCUUUGAUGAACGUUCUCACUCUCGCGACGAAGGGUGUAUUGCAUGUCCACCAAGACGGGUACAUCGACGAGAGCACCGAGUGGGCAGUCUGCUAUCGCUUUGGCGAUAUUUCCCUGCGACUAGCUGGAACCUGA